UGGCUGAGCAGCUCCAAGCCUGGGAGACCGCUCGGAAUACCUGCUGCUUUUUACAUCCCCAUGACUUUAUCCAGGGAAUGUAGGACAUGGCCAAUCAGGGCCUCUGUGUUCCCCAGAUUGACACCCCCACGCCCCACCCCGCAUUGAUCUUCUCCACGUCCUUUUCAUAGUGGGACAAGAUGGACUCCAGAGUUCUGCUCGCCAAGUUAGCGCUUCAUCUCGUCCUAUGCUUUGUGGCUAAAGACACGGUGCAUCGUGGCUACGGCCAGACCUCGUAUUUCUCUGCUACUGAGACUCCUUGCUCGGAUUUACGCCGAUACAUUAGAAGUGUAUAUAUCCAAGCUGUUUCUGGAUAACCGUGCCGUCGUUGAUGGGUUCAACAUAAUCCCCAUUACGUGUAAAAUUGUUAGGCAGGAUCAACUACUGAAUCACAAAAUGGCGAACAAUUUUUGGUAUACCUUUGGCGUUGCCUUAUUUGCCGCUAUCGGCACUUUUCUUUUCGGCUUUGACACUGGGAUUGCUACAACAACAAUCGCUCACCAAAGCUGGAUUGAUUACAUGCAUAACCCGUCUAAUGGACUCACCGGUGCUGUUGUGUCCGUCUAUAUCGCUGGUGAGGCAGUUGGUGCCUUGACGCAGACAGCUAUCGGAGACAAACUGGGACGUGUGCGAUUUAUGCAGCUUAUGUGCAUCGUCGUCACUAUCGGCUGUGUCAUCCAAACCGCGUCUGUCAACAUCGGUAUGUUCCUGGCUGGACGAGUACUCUCCGGGUUUGCUGUAGGUGGAAUGGUUGCCACAGUUCCUAUCUAUCUGUCCGAGAUCUCCUCACCCCAACACCGCGGUCUUAUCGGUGGUAUAUCCGGCUGCGGCAUCUCGUUCGGAACGAUGAUGUCCAAUUGGGUCGGUUUUGCAUGCGGAUAUGCGCCUAAUGGGGCCCUCCAGUGGCGUUUACCACUUGGCAUUCAAAUACCCUGGGGUGUGAUUAUGUUUAUCGGUCUAGCCACUUUCAUGCCAAAUUCUCCGCGUCAGUUAAUCCGUAAUGGGAAAGUGGACGAUGCUCGCCGGCAGUUUAUCAAAAUUCGACGCGAUUUACAUUCUCAUGAAAUGCAUACCGAAUUUGCUUUGAUGAGAGCACAAAUAGAGUAUGAGAUGCAGCGAGAAAUCACCUCUUACAAGGAAAUUUUCAAGCUCUUCCGACAUCGAGUGAUGGUCUCAAUUGUGGUACAGACGAUGACUAGUCUGACGGGAGUGAAUGUUAUACAAUACUACCAAACGAUUCUCUACAAAUCUCUCGGCAUUAAUUCUCACACUAUUCUCUCGCUGGCUGGAGUUUACGGAACAUGCGCAUUCUUAUCGAACGCCAUCACGACCAAGUAUCUUACCGAUCAAUGGGGUCGAAGAAAUAUGAUCCUUACUGGUCUCGGUGGAAUUGUCCUCAUCGAGAUCUAUGCCGCCGUUAUGCAGCGCGAAUUUCAAAAUACCAAUAACCGGGUUGGCAAAGGAUUUGCCAUUCUGGGAAUUUACCUAUUUGUUGUGUGCUACUAUGGCAUGCUGAACAGCACAACGUGGCUGUAUGGUGCUGAGGUGCUUCCGAUUUCUAUGCGUAGCAAGGUCAUGGGUCUGGCAGCUGCAUCGCAUUUUAUUGUCAACGUUGCAAUCACCGAAGCUGGCCCCAGUGCCUUUGCUAAUAUCAGAGAAAACUACUACUACGUCUUUGUCGGCUGCACCACUUUCUUCCUAGUAGUUGCUUAUUUUUACUUUCCUGAAACCAAACAGAAAACCCUCGAAGAAAUCGCCGCUGCAUUUGGUGACAAGGUGGUUGAUUUGGAGGAAACUGACGUUGCAGUGGAAGAGGCGGUUAUGGAAGCCAAGGCCGGGGCCCAGCAUGUUGAAUGAGUAGCUUGUCAGAAAGGGGAAAUAAUGCUGCGGUUAGAAUUUCUGCCCAUAAAAACUGGCUAUCCUCUAGUUUAAAGAAAAUGUACUCUAUAAUAUAUAUGAAAUUGGGAAUGAAGUACAACGCUGAGAUAAUCCUCGCUAACUAAAGCAGCGUCGAC